AUGGAGCGGAGCUAUCUUACUCAAGAAUGCCCAGUGGAGAUACUGGAGAGGAUCCUUUACCACGUGCGUAUGACGGACCUAUGGGAAUUGAUUGAUGUGACUCCAAUCGAGGAAUCUGCCAUUCGUUUUCACAGCAAGGCCCGACUAAGACAGCUAUUACUCUGGAACGAUUUCUAUGUCUUCGAAGGAGACCAAGAGUGGAGAGAAUGGCGGAAUGAGGAUGACAACUAUUUCCGGCAGCUGGAAGAGCAAGGCAAUCUGAGAAGACCAGUAGUUUACCGACACGAUGAUCCUGUGACGCACUGCAUCGCGCUGGACCGCGACGACCGAUUGCAGUUCAUGCUGGAGUGCGGGUUUUCACCUGACUGCUGGACGAAGACUGGUUGGAGUCCACUCGGUGUGGCAGUUCAUUACAGAGCAAACAGGUGCUUCGAUCUGCUCUGCGCUGCACAGGCUGAGGAAGACGUUUUGCGACAAGAUACCGGAAUCCUGCCUAGCGCUCCUAAUUGGCUGAUGACCUUUGUCGGCGAAAGAGCGUACGAAUAUGGUUUUGAAAAGCUUUUGGAUCAUUAUGACCAGUAUAACCGGACUCAACAUAACAGGAUAGAGCUUCCUCCUAUCAGUCCACAGGCCAUAUUUGAAGUCGUUAGGACCUUUCCAGUUCCUCUGGUUGAGCGUGCUGCUCGUGCCGGACUCAGGCUCGCUUUAGCCGCACAUCGCACCACCCAAGAAGGAGCAUGGCAUAUUGCGCCCUUCCGCCCCGAUGCAAUGGACUUGAUAAAUGUACUGUGUCGUGAGUGUGCUACCAGCCUCAAUAGUUACGAUGCCAACGGUCGGACUCCGUUAUUCCCAGCUGUAGAGUCUGGGAAACCCGAUGUCGUGAAACUGUAUAUUGACCGCGGUGUCGACGUGGGUCAUAUCGCCGGGGUUGCAGAAACAGCCCUCCACCUUGCCUGUAGGCAGAGGUCGGUGAAUCUAGAAAUCCUUCAGCAGCUGCUCGCUCUUAUCGAUGUCAAUUCCGGUGCUGGGAGCGCGCAGGGUACGCCAUUGCACACACUGUUAAUGAGCACAUGGGGCCAUACGUAUGGCCGCAUUCCUUGGGCCACGAUCGCUAACCCAGGUGGUGGCAUCCACGGUUGGAAACGGAAGCGUGUCCGUCCAUUGUCAGCCGAGGAGGAAAUUAUCAUGGAGGUUGCUUGCGAGGCUUGUAGCAUGAUCCUGGGCUUUUAUCCCGAAAAGGAAGCCGUUAACGCAAAUGAACAAACCGCCUUGAAGCUGGCUCGGGCACUUCGUCUCAAACGGCUCUCCAGCAGGAUUCUAGGCGCUCCUGAGAAGCCAGAGCAGCGAUGGGAUAGACGGCUGAGACCCAGGAUAAGACGGUGA